AUGAAACAGUUUUCUUUAAUCCAUGGCAAUCAGAUAGAAGAUAUUAUGUUUCACAAUAUUUCCUUCGAAGACAUCCUAUUUCCCUGGGUUGAAUACGAUUGGCUGAAUGGAAAAUUUUACUUUUUACGGCAUAAUUCGGUAAGAUUUGCAUAUAAUUACCUUCAUUAUGUAACUCUAUUCACGUAG